AUGACAAACUAUGCUGUUACCGCCCAUCCAUAUGCCGGCCCAGCAGUGGAUCCUUCUGGUCACCAUGAGCCAGAAUCGACUUCCCAUACACCAGAGGCCGACGAUCCUUCAAAGAAAAGAAAGACUAUGAAACGAAGAAAGACACUGCUAACGCUGCGCGAGAUUGGUCAUCUUUGCCAUGACGAGCAGCGACCACCGAAGACUGGUGGGAAGCAGGGUUCUGAUGCUGUUCCAACUACUUCGUCAAACGGUGUUGAUCCUGCAAGGUCGAUGGCUCAGCCUAUGUAUGGUUCAACAAUGCCUCCUCCUCCAGCUACCACCGCAUGGCCAAUGAGUGUUCCUUCUGGCGCAUUUCUGUAUCAGCCCGAAACCUUAGGGAACGAAUUUUUAGUCCUCACUGACUUCUUAGAAACCCUAGACGAGGGAUCUUUCUUCACUACAUCCCCAGCAGUGAAUCGUUCUCUCCCCGUUCCGCACGAUAGCUAG